GCUUGGGUUUCUGCAUCCCUAGCAGCUUUUUUCCUUGCCAGGUGUCGAGGCCUGCUUUUUGCAGCCGCUUCCCGGGAGUUCCGAAGCUCUGAGCAGCCAGAGCCCCGGAGGCCUUACAGGAACUGGCUGGCAAUUCCCGCCGCCGGCCGCCAGAGGAAGCUGCUUCGCUGCCGUCAUUGCCGAGGAACUCGUGGCCCGGAAGCAGUACCUCGGCCCCUGGGUUCCGCGGCGGCCGCGCUCCGGGAGACUUCCGGCGGGGCGGGCGCAGGGUCUUGGCUUACGGGUUUCGGAAGCGGCGACGGCAAGAUGACCACGCUCCGGGCCUUCACCUGCGACGACCUGUUCCGCUUCAACAACAUUAACUUGGAUCCACUUACAGAAACUUAUGGGAUUCCUUUUUACCUACAGUACCUUGCCCAUUGGCCAGAGUAUUUCAUUGUUGCAGAGGCACCAGGUGGAGAAUUAAUGGGUUACAUUAUGGGUAAAGCAGAAGGCUCAGUAGCUAGGGAAGAAUGGCACGGGCACGUCACAGCUCUGUCUGUUGCCCCAGAAUUUCGACGCCUUGGUUUGGCUGCUAAACUUAUGGAGUUAUUAGAGGAGAUUUCAGAGAGAAAGGGUGGUUUUUUUGUCGAUCUCUUUGUAAGAGUAUCUAACCAAGUUGCAGUCAACAUGUACAAGCAACUGGGCUACAGUGUAUACAGGACAGUCAUAGAGUACUAUUCAGCCAGCAACGGGGAGCCUGAUGAGGACGCUUAUGAUAUGAGGAAAGCACUUUCCAGGGACACAGAGAAGAAAUCCAUCAUACCAUUACCUCAUCCUGUGAGGCCUGAAGACAUUGAAUAACCCUGGGCAGUGGUUCUUAGGCAGAUACUCUAGAUGCUUUAUGGACAAUAUUAUUUUCAUUGGAUGAUUCUGGAGCUCUAUUAGGAGAAAAUCAUUUUAGGUCUCAACGAUUCAAGAAAAUACAGGUUAUCAAUUUAUUUUAAAUCUCAUUGUUUCCAGUUAGCAAUAUCAUACCUAUGAAAGCUGUUCACUAACAAAAUUCAAUUGAAAAGGCAGCUAGGUCAGAAGGAAACAUAACCACUGUUAUGGUUCAUAAUAGUCACUAUGUGUAUGCUAGGGAAAAGACUUGCUCCUGUCUCCUCCUAAAUGCUGUGCCUGAGAACCACUGCUGCAUAUUAUUUGUUUUUAAAUUUUGUAUUGAACUGUUAAUUGAAGCUUUAAAAGCAUAUAUGAAAUGUAUAAAUCUAAGAUUAUAAUAAAACACAUUGUUGACU